AAAAUAAACUGUGUUGAGAACAAGAAACAACAGAUGCUGAAAUCAAACAUGUCUUCCCAAAAUGUUGCUGAAAUAGUGUUUUUCGAUUUAGAAACAACGGUACCGAGAAAAGCAGGAGCGAGGAUUUGGGUCUUGGAAUUUGGUGCUAUAGUCGUUUGUCCACAGAAGCUUGAAGAAUUAGAGAGUUAUUGUACACUGAUAAGACCCACAGACUUAUCGGUGGUUAACCUCAAAUCUGGAAGAGUUGAUGGAAUCACACGUGGGGCUGUUAGAACCGCUCCCAAGUUUGAAGAUGUCGCUGACAGGAUAUUUGGUCUGCUAGAUGGUAAAGUUUGGGCAGGGCAUAACAUCCACAGAUUUGACUGUCCACGCAUUAGAGAAGCUUUUGUUGCCAUUGGACGUGCCCCUCCAGUACCUGUCGGAACGAUCGACUCUUUAGGAAUUCUGGCCCAGAAAUUUGGCAGGAGAGCUGGAAAUAUGAAGGUAACAACAACCCUAAUCAUUAAAAAACGAAAUGAUACAACAUCAUUUAGAAUAUUAAAAAUGCUUUUACCGACAGUUCCAUUAUAUCGGAUAAUCUAAAGGUGAAGCAGGAAUUACUUUCCGCCAUGGUAAUCCCAUCAAACUACGUUGUAGGUUACAAGAGUAACCUUGUGUCAUGGUUUAAGUCAAUUUAACUGGAAAACGAAAUGGACUAGUAUAUGUAUAAACAUGAAUUAUAGAUCUUUUUAUCUUCUCAUUCAUUUUCCUUUUUAUGUUGAUGUGCUCUAAUGGGCAUUCUAGUUUGUUUAAGAUGAUGGAACACUAAAUGAUUACAAAAUUCGCAAAUUAAUGAA